AUCGCUACGACGGCAUUUAUCAUUCUCGAAGGGGAAUUAACUAUAUAAGCCUAAUGACAUUACUUCAACAGAUUAUAUUUAUUGAACAUUAGGUGCCAGCAACAUGGUCUCGUUCCUCUACAAUUAUUUGUCAAUUAUUCUAGUCGUCGGCUUCAACGCUAUUCUACUCGCAGACGCGAAACCUGAACUUAAAUUAGUAAAUGUGGUAUUUAGGCAUGGCGAUCGGACACCUGAUAAUAACGGACACGAAAUGUAUCCGAAUGAUCCCUAUUUAAAUUAUUCCUUCUACCCGGAAGGUUUAGGACAAUUGACCAAUCAAGGGAAGAUGCGCGAGUAUCAAUUAGGAAUAGCUUUGGGUCACAGGUACAAAGAAUUUCUGGGAAAACUGUACCUGCCAAAACUCGUUCAGGGUCACAGUUCGGAUUAUGAUAGAACGAAAAUGUCUCUGCAACUCGUUCUCGCCGCCUUGUUUCCGCCAAUAAAUGUUCGACAACGGUGGAAUCCUGCGUUAAAUUGGCAACCAAUUCCAACGACAUAUAUACCACGUAUUGACGAUAAUUUCUUCUCAGGUGAUGAGUGCCCACAGUAUCUCAACGAGUAUAAUCGAGUGUUAGAAUUACCCGAAACGAAAACGAAAAUGUCUCAAUUCGAGGACAUGAUGAAUAAAUUGACAAGGUUAACCGACAAGAAGAUCGAGAAGCCUCUGGAUUUAUUUUAUUUGUAUCACACUUUUGUAGCAGAAUCAUCUAUGAAUCUGACUCUUCCUAAUUGGGCGCAUGAAUAUUUCCCGGACGGUCAACUAUUCGAUGCAAUCGUGGCUGCAUACAAUAUUGCAAAUUCCACUCCUUUAUUAAAGAGGCUGCAUUCGGGUCCAAUAAUCGACACGAUGUUGACGAAUAUGCUAGCCGCGCAGAAUCCGCCUUUAUCAAGCACGAAAAUUUAUUUAUAUGGCGGUCACGAAACUAACAUCGCGGGACUAUUGCACUCGUUUAAUGUGUACGAGGCUCAUGUACCUGAAUACUCUAGCGCAGUUAUUCUAGAAAUGUUACAAGAAAACACGCAGUAUUAUGUAAAGCUUUUAUAUUAUCGAGGCAUUCCACCGAGUAUCAUCGAACUUACAAUCCCAGGUUGCGAAACCCUUUGUCCUUUCGAUAAGUUCGUGGAUCUGACUCGAGAAUUGAUUCCAUCUUAUGAAGAAAUGGUUUGCAAUAAGACAUUUGCACAGAUUCGCAGGAGAAGAUUCGCAGAUAACGAGGAAGAACAGUGGUUUCGCGUCUGCACCCUUAUGGGCAGUGCGUCGUCGACCUAUAUUUUGCAGUCGAAUGCGCCUGGUCGGGGAGGUGAAGAUGACUGCCAACGGAUUGUGAUACGACGGUCAAGGUACGAUAAGAAUCCGAGCGUGCAUUUAACUUAACGCUGUACGCGCUAUCUUAUGAUAAAUCAUCUCAAGCAUAUUAAAAAAUUUUUGCAUUGUAAAAUACAGAAUAAAGAGAUGUACAAAUUCCUAUAGAUUUAUUUAUUUAUUAAAUACAGAAUGCAGAAUGUGCGCAACGUUGAGUAGGUAGUUUAGCACUGGAUCAUUUGAUCUAAAAAAGAGAAACGGUAGUUUGUUG